CUAACCCAUUCUCUUCAGAGCACCGUCACGCGUGGGAUUUCCCUCACUUCCCCAAAAGUCAUGUAGAUAUAAAGAGCAUGUAGGAGGCUCAUACAGCAUAAAACCGUCGUGUCGACACCAAGCUAUAGCCAGAACCAUGAAUUAUUUCUCGGAAUUCAUCGUAUGUCUUGUAACUUUCGCUGUGGCGGAGUGUUUAAAGCAUGAUAUUAGCGCUAUCACUGGUGAAGAUGCCGUGUUGCCAUGUGCGGCGAAAUCAAAGGACGGUGUCCAGUAUCGCUCGGUGAUAUGGUACAAGGUUGCUGAAGGGCCUUCCCGAACGUUAACUGGUCUUGUAAUGAAAAGACUAACUGAAAACAAUGGCAAAGUGGAAAAAUAUAAAGGUGUCGAACGAGAGGUUGAGCUGCUUGAGAGCACAAAGAGCCUUAUUCUGUCUAAUGUAACUGCAGAAGACAGUGGAAUAUACAGCUGCUUUAUGUCUGCUCCUCUUGGCCAUCAGAACCAGGAAGGCGAAGUCGUUCUGAAUGUUAAUGAGUUUAUUACAGCUGAGGAAAUGGAAUAUAAUAAAAGUGAUAACCAUAACACACUUUAUGUUAUGGCUUUCGCAGUCCUCGGUGUGGCACUCCUGAUGUUUUGCAUAAGCUACGUAAGUAAUUUGUUCAUUUGA